CAGAUGAGCAAGUUUCUUCAAGUUCAGCACAAGGAAGAUUUGGGAAAAAAGUUGGAGGAAAAUGGCGAAGGCGUAAAAGUCUACUUUGUGACACCACUUUCACUUACGAUGUGUCAAGCGAACCACUGGAAGCAGACCUGUUGCCUUCUUUACGUUUGAUGAGCUGGAGAACUCAGGAUAAAUCCACAAAGGAUGGAGGCGUCCUGUCUGGAGCUGGCUCUGGAAGGUGAGCGCCUGUGUAAGGUGGGUGACUACGGCGCCGGUGUCUCUUUCUUCGAGUCGGCCAUCCAGGUAGGCACGGAGGACCUGCAGAUCCUCAGUGCCAUCUACAGCCAGCUGGGCAACGCUUACUUCCACCUGCACGACUACAGCAAAGCCUUGGAGUACCACCGCCAUGACCUCACCCUGACCAGGGCUAUCGGAGAUGAACUGGGAGAGGCAAAGGCUAGUGGUAACCUUGGCAACACGCUGAAAAUUUUGGGCCGGUUCGAUGAGGCAGCAGUUUGUUGCCAGAGGCACCUUGACAUCUCCAGAAUGCUCAAUGAUAAGGUUGGGCAGGCCAGAGCACUGUAUAACUAUGGGAACGUGUACCAUGCCAAAGGAAAGAGCAUCUGCUGGAGUGGGAUGGACCCUGUAGAAUUUCCAGAAGAGGCCCGGAUAGCACUGAACCAUGCCAUUGAAUACUACGAGGCUAAUCUGUCCAUCGUCAAAGAGCUAGGUGAUAGAGCAGCCCAGGGACGAACCUAUGGUAACCUUGGCAACACACAUUACUUGCUGGGAAACUUCGAGAAUGCUGUAGUGGCCCAUGAACAGCGUCUUCUGAUCGCUAAAGAGUUUGGAGACAGACCUGCUGAGAGGAGGGCCUAUUGUAACCUUGGAAACGCCCAUAUUUUCUUGGGACAGUUUGAGAUUGCUGCCGAGCAUUACAAACGCACACUACAGUUGUCUCGCUCGCUGAAGGAUAGCGCAGUGGAGGCCCAAGCCUGCUACAGUCUAGGCAACACCUACACCCUGCUGCAGGAUUACGGCAGAGCCAUCGAUUACCACCUCAAACACAUGCGCAUCGCUCAGGAACUCAUUGACCGGGUAGGAGAGGGUCGGGCGUGCUGGAGUUUAGGGAAUGCUCACACAGCACUGGGCAAUCAUGGGCAGGCCAUGCACUUUGCCCAGAGACACCUGGAGAUCUCCAAAGAGAUAGGGGACCGCAGUGGAGAGCUGACAGCCAGGAUGAACAUAUCGGACCUCCAGCUGGUGCUGGGACUGAACCACAGCAGCACUGACCCCAACCUCAGUGUGCACGCCGGCAACACCUCUAACCUCUGCGUCAACCAUGACUACAGCCCACAUGGAGCUCGACCAAGAACUGGAAGGAGAACCAGCAUGGAGAAUAUGGAACUGGUCAAACUCAACCCUGAAAAGAGCGCUGAGCCAAGGGUGGAGGGUGAUGCAGCCUCCUCUCCCAUCAAACCCUCCAUGGCCAAGACCUCAUCCAAGCUCUUCUUCAUUCGCCGUCUUCGUGGUAGGAAGCCCAAGGGCAGCAGCUCGAGCUCCAAAGUCUUCCAGGAUAGCAGCACGUGUCCCAUCCCUAACACUGAUGCUCUAGAGUCCAAGCAUGGCAUUGAUACACUUGGAGACGAGGGUUUUUUCGAUCUCCUCAGUCGUUUCCAAGGCAACCGCAUGGAUGACCAAAGGUGCUUCAUACAGGAUGACCACAACCGUUUUCCCUCUACCUCCCUCCCCACCACCCCGACCGUAGCCUCAAAGAAAUCUACUUCCGGGUCAGGCCUCCCACAGGCCCCGGGAAAGCCUGGGAGCUUGCCAGGCCUCACCCAAGCAGUCCUCAGCCAGCUCAUGACCAGCGGUGAUGGCAACCACCCUGAUGAAGACUUCUUUGACAUGCUUGUCAAGUCCCAGGGCUCCAGACUGGAUGAUCAGAGGUGUGCAGCGCCUCCUCCUCCCACCAGGGGGCCCACUGUGCCUGAUGAGGACUUCUUCAGCCUCAUCCUGCGCUCCCAGGCCAAGCGCAUGGAUGAACAGCGGGUGGUCAUUCCUCCUCCGUAACCCAGACUGAGGUCUUUUUCCUCGUCCUCCCUCCCUCCUCUGAGUGGAGUCUGAGCCGGGGGCAGUCAUAGCUGCGGAUGCCUGAAGGAGCUGAGGGCCUGCAGAAAGCAAGAGCCUCCUCAGCCUGGGCCUCGGACAAGUUACUGUCAUCAUCUCCCGAUUCAGAGAUCCCACCCUGUGCUGCGGUGUAAAGCAGAGAGCUGCUUACACUUGUUUGCAUGUUAUAUAUCUCAUCAGUUCUGCCCUUCUUUCUGCUGUAUCUUCACAUCUCUCUGAUCUUCUGCCUUUGCUCAUGUUCUGUCUUGUUAUUUCUGAUCUCAAGUGAUAGAUUCUGUGAUAGAUUCAUUGGAUUGAUUACCAUACAGAAAAAAGGACAGUAGCUGAACUUCUGAACCUGAUCAGAUUAUAUUAUCGAUAUUGGACGUUUGUCUAGCGGUUUUAUUUUGUUAUUUUUAUUGUGACUGUAUGGAUUAUUUGAGUCCCAUGCCUUUUUUUAUAUCAGGUCGUCUUCACACGUGUUAGUGUAUAAAAUUAUAAUGUGCACCUUUUUGUAAUAGACAUGUAAGAAAAGACUAACAUGCUGUUCUUUGAUAUUAUCAAUUUCUUUUCAUGAUUUUUAUACUACUAUUAAUGGUAUUGAGGAAUAAAGCCUCAUGUUAUCAAGUUGCCCAACAAACUAGUGAAGCUCUAUGAUCAUUGAUGUAAGGUCUCUGUGCAGUUAUCAGUGGAAAAUAUGCUGGCUGAUUGUGUGUAACAGUGGUAUCAUUUCUCUAA